CCUCCCGACGCCGGGCCCCAGUGGUGUGACCAUCUUGUACCAGGGCCCGCCAGCAACUAAUUACCACUGGUCUCAUCUCUGCCCAACACCUGAGCCGACUCCCCGUCACUAGAGACAAUUGUAUGAGGGGAGGAAGAUCAGGGCUGCCCAUUAGUAAUCUCCUCCCCCUGCUGCUGACGAGAGCGGAAGUGGCUUCCAGAGAGGCGUCGAGUUGGUGGCAGUGGGAAUGGGAAAGUAAGAGCGGACUGAGGAGCCGCACUGUGUCCCCGCAUCAGCAUCAGCAGCAGCAUUAGCCAGGCGGGGGGGCCACGUCUCAUACACAGAAAUAAUAAGGACAAAGACACUUUUGCCUGUUCCCAGAGGCGAGAGGACUGGAAUGCUGCCUGAGUUGUUGUAGCGCUGGGAUAGACUUGCCUGAGACACACAUACCGCUCAUUCACUGCUCACUUGUCUAACGGACACCCCCGCAGCCCUGCUUGAAAGAGUCUCCCUGCGAUUAUCCUACUGUCUGCGCGACAAUGUCUGCUGUUUGCUGCUGGCGGCAGGUGGCCUGCUGCUGUGGGUCUGCGGCCUGCGCCCUCUGCUGUUCCUUCUGCCCCAAAAUAAAGCAGUCUACGACUACCCGUCUCAUGUACGCUCUCUACUUCAUUCUAGUGACUGUCACCUGCGGCUUCAUGAUGUCUCCAACUGUUGCAGAUUUCAUGAAAGACAAUAUUCCUUUUUAUAAAGAUGUAUGUGAGCACAUCCAGGCUGGUGACGAUUGUGAGAAGCUAGUGGGAUACUCUGCUGUGUAUCGUGUCUGCUUUGGCAUGGCCUGUUUCUUCUUCAUCCUCUUCAUUUUAACGCUGUUUAUUAGGAACAGCAGGAGCUGGCGAGCCUACAUUCAUAAUGGGUUUUGGUUUAUCAAAUUUGUGGUGCUGAUAGCAAUGUGCUCCGGAGCAUUCUUCAUUCCUGACCAAGACACUUUUUUAAACGUUUGGCGUUAUGUGGGUGCAGCCUUUGGGUUUCUAUUCCUGCUUAUCCAGCUCAUGCUUUUGGUGGAGUUUGCACACAAAUGGAAUAAAAACUGGAUGUCUGGGACAGCCCAUAAUAAACUGUGGUAUGCAGCAUUAUCUCUGGUUACUCUAAUCCUGUACUCCAUUGCUGUGGGAGCUCUUAUCUUACUGGCAGUUUUCUACACUCAUCCAGAUGGCUGCCAGCUCAACAAGAUUCUGCUUGGGGUCAACGCCGGUCUGUGCCUUCUUGUCUCCUUAGUCGCCAUCCUGCCUUGUGUACAGAAACGCCAGCCAUAUUCUGGAUUGCUGCAGUCAGGCCUUAUCAGCUGCUAUGUCAUGUAUUUGACCUUCUCCUCCCUGUCAAGCAAGCCCCCAGAAACCAUGCUGGAUGCAACAGGAAAAAACAUCACUAUCUGUGUGCCCAGCUUCAGCAAGGAUCUUAACCAAGAUGGAAAGCUUGUCUCCAUAUUGGGUACUAUCAUUCUCUUCUGCUGCAUUUUACAUUCCUGUCUGACCUCCACAACCCGCUCCAGUUCUGAUGCGCUCAGAGGAAGGUACACUCCACCUGAAACAGAGGUGGCUCGCUGCUGCUUCUGCUGCUCACGUAGUGAUGGAGAUGACCAAGAGGAGCGUACAGAGAAAAGAGGAGGCCAAGAAGUUGGUUAUGAUGAAGAAAAGGCCACGGUUUACAGCUAUUCCUACUUUCACUUUGUGUUCUUUCUGGGCACCUUCUAUGUGAUGAUGACAGUAACCAACUGGUUCCACUACAGGAAUGCAGAAAUAGAAAAGCUCUUUUCUGGCAGUUGGUCUCCAUUUUGGAUCAAGAUGGCUUCCUGCUGGGUGUGCAUCCUGCUCUACCUUUGGACUCUGGUUGCCCCUCUCUGCUGCCCAACCAGAGAAUAUUCAGUGUAGCAACACCCAGAAGAUCACAUGUUAUACCGUUACAUGCUGAUUGGACACAACUGCAUUGUUUCAAAUGUUUCUCUUUUUUUUUUUUAUAAAGUGGCAUAAAAGGUCAAUAUGGGGGUUUUCUCAAAAAGCCAUAAUAAUUUGUGCAGGUCACAGGAAUAUUUUCUUUUAGAAAGAGAACAAAACCGUUUUUUUUUUGUUUUUAAUGAUUAAACUAAACUGAUGUGUUUAUAGGGGGAAAGCCUCCCUGUGAAGUUAUGGAGACAUAGCUAGUCCUUGUGUGUGCGGCACGGCUGCAGUGUAUAAUAGUAACUUGUAAUACGUAGAUAACUGUUUUUGAAUGAAACGUAUACUUUGAUACAUUCGGGAGAGGUUAUGGAGUGUAUCAAUUAUAAUGGUCUGUUUUCUUGUACAGUAGAAUUCUCCCACUUUCUCCAUGUUGUGUGCUGAUGUCCUGUUACAGGCAUGCAUUUGUCCGCCAGAUACUGAUGAUGUUACCAUGCGCCUCCAUGUUUGUCGGAAUGGUGGAGGGUGUAAAUAUCCCUGCGGUUUCCGUAAGGACCCGGGAUUCCAUUUGGAAAGGCGUAGAAAUUAAAUUGGUGUUCUGAAAUUGUGUAGCUGCACACCAUAUUGUUAUUGGAAGGUCUGUUAUAGGUUCAUCCUAAUGUAACUAAUUUUUGGUAAAUGACCGAAAACUCUCCAUGUUAUGUUACAUGGUGCUACUGAUUUAUUCGUCAUAGCCUUAAACUUGGCCCUUGUGCUACUUGUCUAGUCCAGGUGUUGAUUGGACCAGA